AUGAUGCCGUACUCGUCCUUCCAAGCGUUCAAUGCCAGGGAGCGGGAUGACGUGGUACCACCGGGGAACCAGUACGUUGCGCUCAUGGGCCCCGAGGUUCCCGAUUUCAAUGCAUGCCUGCGUGCCAUCGACAAUAUCUACGUCAUGGGACGCCUGCGGCUCGCUGAGGGUGAGCUCAAGCCCCAGACAGGCGUCGAGAUCGACGGCACAACGGCUAUUGUCGCCGGAACUCCUGUCGGGACCCCUCGAGGGCGCAUGCUUGAUGGUGACGAGCCUCUGUCGCUUAGCGAGGACCAGGAUCCGCGUGGCAUCGUCACGAAGUGGCUGGCGCAGCGCGGACAAGUCGUUCUUCCUGAGAACCAGGUUGACGUCUGGCUUGCCUCGCGGAAGGGCGAGGCGGGUGAAUACGAGUUUCACACCGACAAGCCUGCUGGAGCGAUCCUGCGCGCCGGCCAGAUUGUGCUUUGCGAAGUGGGGUUCCGCAUCGUUCCCGCGGGCAAGGAGUCCAAGGUCAUGCGCACCGAGCUCAAGACUGUUGCGAUUGUCAACGCUAACCUCACAAGUGAACUGGCCUUUGCGCAGAACGACGCAAAUAACAUGGCUGGCGUUGGCAAGAACAUCAUCUCUAUUUCUAGCGCUGGCCCAUCCGGCCUCACCAUCAAAGAGAAGGCGAGAGUGAAGCGUGCCCCUCGUGUUCAUCGCAAAGGCAAUGCCAGGGAGGAGCCCAUGGACGCGUUGCCCUUUGCGUCGUAA